AUUGUGAAAUUAGGAGAAUACCUUAAAAUGAGUCAAAUCACAAAAGUUUUCAAAUUUAUACGAGAGAGAGGGUACAAAGAGGCUUAAAUACAGUGAUUCGUUGAGUCUCUACCCUUUAGGGUUAAAGCUUCCGACUUUAGUUGAGGAGGGUCGACGAAAGUUCAUUGCUUUAUAAAUCUAUCGGCUGUUUCAGAGCGCACCGAUGGAUUCUGCGUUUGUUGAUAGAGCUUGGGACAAAUGGGUUACUGGUAACCUCGGCUCUUCAGGAAGUCCAUUGAAGGCUGCUGUUUUGAUUAACUACGACCCUACAGGACCUUCUCGUCUCUUAUCAACAAUAGAUGAGCAAGAAGGGAUUGAUCUCUAUCCAGUUGAGCUGAAGCAGUUCAUCGAUUUCAUGAGACGUGGCAAUCUUCCGACCGAGACCUUUGUUCUUGGAUCCAACCAGUACAUAAUAACAUCGAUUCACGAGAAUUGGUUUGCUGCUCGGUGCUUGAACACAACACAGCCUGCUGGUGAAGGAGCUAUUGUUAUGCAGACUGCUGUUUAUGUAUUGGUUGCUCUGUAUGAUGGAUCGAUUGGUUCAGCUUCUCGAGCUAUGGCUGCAGCUGAUCACUUUGCGUCGCAGCUGAGUCGAAAAAACUUAUAGCUUCAUCUUCUGUAUUGAAAGUAGCAAACUUUGCGUAUGUUUUGGGAAGUUUUAUGAAGUAAGAUGAAUGUUUUUUUCAUUCAUGUCUGAGUCAUAAGUGUUGUUCGGGUAAUUAGGAUCAUGUUUGCAAAUGUCUCUUCGGACAUAAAGGAUAGACCCUACAAUUACCAUUUAA